AUGAGCCUGACUGCAGAAACCCCAAACGAUGGCCCCAGUGUUACAGAAGAGAGCAAGUUGCCCGCCGUGGAAAAGAAGGACAAGAAGGCUGACGAUGUAGCUGAGGAAGAGGAGGAGGAGGAAGAGUACGUGGUGGAGAAGGUUCUCAACCGGCGGGUUGUCAAAGGGAGAGUAGAGUACCUUCUCAAGUGGAAAGGAUUCUCAGAGGAAGACAACACGUGGGAGCCAGAGGACAACCUGGACUGUCCCGACCUUAUCGCAGAGUUCCUCCAGUCUCAGAAGUCGGCGCACGAGGGCAAACGAAAGGCCAGUGAAGGAGACGGAGAAGAGAGUAAAUCCAAGAGGAAGAAAGAUGACACGGAGAAGCUGAGAGGCUUCGCCAGAGGUUUGGACCCAGAAAGAAUCAUCGGUGCCACUGACUCGACGGGGGAGCUCAUGUUCCUCAUGAAAUGGAAAAACUCUGAUGAAGCAGACCUUGUUCCAGCCAAGGAAGCCAACGUUAAGUGUCCGCAGGUGGUCAUCUCGUUCUACGAAGAGCGGCUCACUUGGCACUCGUACCCCAGCGAAGAUGAGAAAAAAGAUGACAAAAACUAA